GGCUUCCACAAGAACAACACUCCUCGCGCCAUUGGGUUCGAUUACAUACCCUCCAUUGGGCUAGCUUGCAUACGAUCCGGUGGCCCGCAUUCGAGCCACGACAUCUAGGGUGUCCGCCUAGGUUCUCUCAUUCGAUCCUUCUCCACGCAGCUCGACGUGCUUUUCCCCACGCUACUCCCGCUUGAGAGAUCUUCAACUCUGUUCUUAGAGCCUCCCUCCUUGUCUCUGCCCUUCGUCUCCUCGUAACGCGACCUCUGCUUGGGUGGGCUUGCAGGAUACAUACGUACUCUACCUUCAUGUUCCCUGACGACGGAGCUCCAAGGCAGAAAUCUCGGCGGACCAUCAUCAAAAUGGAUCCUGACUGUGCAAUAUGCCGAGCACCAGCCGAAGCCGCCUGCGACUGCGAGGCCAAGGGCCUUGAGGUGGCUGUCAAGCAGGCCGAAGAGAAAGUCAUGCUGUCCAUCUACGAAGAGAUACGCAUGUGGGUGCGAAAACGCGCUCAGGAUCACAUUCUGGAACACUUUCGUCAACUCACAGAGCAGCGGAAGAAGCAGCACCAAGACAGACUGGAGCAGGUUCAUGAUCAAGCUUAUACACGUUAUGGCGCCCCCCCUCACCCGCGAACUUUGCAAGACGCCGAGAUGGAGUUGAAGCAUGGCAUUGACGGGGACUGGCGGUCGAGCGUGCACCGAUACCCCGAAGUGCUGGAGCACUUUUUCAACCUAGUGGAGCUUUCGCUGCCGGCGGACGAUGAUCCUGCCGUACGGAACCCUCCAACAUCAGCGGGAGCGGUCGUACCACGGGGCAAACCGCCCUCCAACCGGAGGAACAACAGCUACAAGAACGACUUUCAUCACGAGCCACCCUACUUGCCGGGUAUCGACACCGGACUGGGCCUCUACGCGCCUCCACGGACACCGCCUCCAGAGAGGCAGCAGCGCCGCGGACAUGGAGGACGAAAGGAUCGCUCCAUGCGGUACUCGCAACCCCCACCACCGCAGCAUGCACCGUACGCGCCUUAUCCGGGGGGUCAUGCUCCCUACAUGGGCUAAGAACUCAUCUGCUUGUGGGAUUCUUGCCACGACGAAGACACGAUAAUGACAUGACACGGAGCAUCAUCUAUCACGACUGCAUUGGGAGGCGAACCAGAAUACAUGGUCACGAGUG